AGACAUGACGAAGUCAGUGGUGAGAGCUUUAUAUGGAAAAUCAACUUCCUUAAAUUUAAGUUCCAAGAAAAUAAAGGUCGUCCCCACUUGUAUUUCCAGAAUAACAAACCUGAAAAUCCUCCUGCUGAACAACAACUCCAUCAGCAGCCUUCCUGCAGAGCUGCUCUCGCUGCAACACCUCGCUGAGCUAAAUUUGGGAAAUAAUGCCUUGAAUGACAUUCCUGCUUCCCUGGGCCGUCUGCAGUCAUUGACCAAACUCUAUCUGUACAGCAACCAGAUUACAGCCGUGCCACCUGAUGUGAUAGAUGGUUUACGAAACCUUGUUGUGCUUAAUCUGAACCACAACCAGAUUCAAAGACUUCCACCAGAGAUUAAAAGUUUGAGCAGGCUUCGACAUCUGAGUGUGCUGGACAAUAAGCUGGAGGAGGUGCCUGAUGAGUUGGGUCAUCUCACCAGGUUGACCGAGAUCAACUUGACUUCCAACAACUUGUCCUGUUUACCUCAGCAGCUGUACCAGUGUAAAGAACUAACCAAGUUACACGUAGCCAGAAACCAGCUUACCAGCCUACCGGAGGGAAUUGGGGCACUGGGCAAACUUCAAGUCCUGGACGUGGCUGGAAACAAGUUGUCCGUGUUCCCCGUUGAGUUUCACCUGCUGGCCCUCAGGGAGCUUUACUACGAAGGCAACAGGUUUGUGGGCUGUGAGCCGAUGGCCUCAGCGCGCGAUGCACAAGUGCUUACGUUAAAGGAACUGGCUGGCAGAUUUGUCCUGCGCGAGGACAGGUAUCGGUCCUCCCUGGUGCACAUGAUGCUCCCCCACUACCCGACCCUGCCGGCCCUGCUCGCCCAUGGCAACUGCUGCGCGCUCUGCCUGGAUCCCUUCCUCGCCACCUGGGUGGAGUGUGUGCAUUUUGUCAGCCUGAAGAAGGACAUGAAAUUGAGGAGUUCAAAGACUAUUCCAGUGCGCGCCCUUCUUUGUUCAUACAAGUGCCUUAAUACGGAUGGACACUCCUACUAUGGCGUUGCAGCAAGAUAAAUACAAGUUCAUUAAAAUGUACUAUUCAUGAUCUCAAUCACUGAACCUCUCUUUUUUUUAAACUAAAACUGUGGAAACAGAUCUGUUAAUACACAUAUUUAAUAACAGGUGAUGUCCAGUGUGAGAAGAGAACGUCUCACAGGUGCCAUUGGACUUAGCCGUCACUAGGUGGCAUCGAAUGAACAUCCAAAACCGUCCAUCUGAUCGGCUCCUAUACUUUUACAUACAGGUUCAAUUGACGGCAGGUGGAAUACAUUGUUCCUUUGUGCCAACCAUCACUUUUCUAUCCCGACAAUAGAAGUUUUUGCUUUGACAGCUGGAUACUAGUUCUGAAUACUAUAUUUUUAUGCAAACUAUACUUUGACUAAAACCUUUGUACGUGAAUAAUUCCAGGUGUGAUUUUUUACCCUGGCUCGUCAUUACAGGUAUUUCAUAUAUAAGAUGCAGCUCCGUAGGUACCUAUACUAUAUUAGCUUAUGUUCUGUUUUUCUGAUCCACAUAUCUGGAACAAACUCCCAGAACGCUGCAGUUCUGUUGAGAAUCUGAGCUGCUACAAAUUAGAUUUGAAGACAUUUCCUUUUAUUGACAAUCUACAACUGUCAAUAUUAAA